AUGGCCACUAUACAAUCGGGUAAGUGAUUUUUUGUGCACAAAUAUUCGUUUUCGUUUAUAAUGUUCUUCCCGUCGCUUUGAUGAGCACUAAAAUGCACCGAAAAAGUCAUUCAAAACCGCGUCCCCCCCCCCCUCUCGGCGUAACUUCUCGAGAAGAAGUUGUGCAUCCCGUCUCCGUCUCCCCAAUUUCCUCUCUCUCUCUCUCUCUCUCCCUCACCCUCUCCCUCUCUUUCUCGCCGCCGCCAUUUCUCUCGUUUUCCCUUGUUUUUUUUUUCGUGGCCUCUUCUGAUUAGAAACGCAUGUUUUUUCGGCUCUUUUUUGCAUUUCACACGGUUUUUGGGGGCAAAACGCCGAAAAAACGCCGGAAAAAUCGGCGUUUUCGGUGGUUUUUGGCGGCAAAUUCACACACUUUUUCAGGAGAAUCGCCACCGCCGGACCUGAUGGGCUGGCAAUCGUACGUGGUGCCGCUGAUCGGAAGUGCCCUUGUGUCCACUUGCACUUUUUUGCUGGGUUAGCAAGUGUUGUGGACAUUUGUAGAGGUUAACACAUGUUUUUUCAGGAAAAUGGAACUACUCGAUCGUCUGGGUCCUUCUGAUUGUCGUCCUUUCGCUCGUCAAAAGCUAUUUAUGGAGGAAAAGAGAGAGGAGGUGAGAUACAGUAAUCCAGGGUGGUCUUCCUUAAAAAUUCACCCCUAAUUCUUUAUUUUUUAGGCCAAAAAACCCCAUUUUUCAGAUUAUUUUCGCUGCGAGCCACCGCCUAUCGGGAACGGGAAGUCAUUCUGGCGCAACUUCAAGAUCUGCCCGCUUGGGUCCAAUUUCCGGACACGGAACGCGUCGAAUGGAUCAAUAAAGUGAUUCAUCAGUUGUGGCCGUACAUUGGCGAGUACGCGAGAGUUUUUAUGAACGAUUUCAUCAUUCCGCAAGUGAAGGUACGCACAAUUGGACGUGGUCGUGCUUUGAAUGAGUAUUGUAGAGUUCUCAAACGUUGUGUAGUUUUGAAAAUUUUUUGGGCAUUAUCGUGACGUCUAGUACAUCGUUUUUGUAGUUGAACACUUUUUUGUACGAGCAAAACCAGGGGGUACUGUAGCUCUUGGAAGUUGGCACUGAAAUUCAUAACUUCUAGGGGCUACAGUAUCCCAGGGAGUGGUUGUACAAGAAUUUUGUCAACUACAAAAAUACAGUACACAUUAUGCGCUUCAUUUUUGUAAUUGACAAAAUUCUUGUGCAACCACUCCCUGGCUUACUGUAGCGCUUGGAAGUUGAGACAAGCUUGUGUCAGUGCCAACUUCCAAGAGCUACAGUACCCCAGGUGUUGCUCGUACAAAAAACUUGUCAACUACAAAAAUGUUGUACUAGACGUCAAGAUUGAUCUCAAAACUUUUCCGACUCGUAACACUUCUCAAAAACCUACAAUAUUCGUUUGUACUUUUGUACCAGAGAUGUUGGGAAUUCCGUGUUCCGCGUUCCGUGUUCCGCGUUCCGUGUUCCGCGUUUUUUUUCAAUAUUUUUUCCGUGUUCCGUGUUCCGUAAAAAAAAAAAAUUCCGUGUUCCGUGUUCCGUGUUCCGUAGAAAUAAGUUUUUUCCGUUUUCCGUGUUCCGUGUUCCGUAAAAAAAAAUUUUCCGUGUUCCGUGUUCCGUAAAAAAUUUCCGUGUUCCGUGUUCCGUGUUCCGUAGAAAUAAAUUUUUUUCCGUUUUCCGUGUUCCGUGUUCCGCAAAAAAAUUUUCCGUGUUCCGUGUUCCGUAAAAAAAUUUCCGUGUUCCGUGUUCCGUGUUCCGUAGAAAUAAGUUUUUUUCCGUUUUCCGUGUUCCGUGUUCCGCAAAAAUUUUCCGUGUUCCGUGUUCCGUAAAAAAAUUUCCGUGUUCCGUGUUCCGUGUUCCGUAGAAAUAAGUUUUUUCCGUUUUCCGUGUUCCGUGUUCCGCAAAAAAAUUUCCGUGUUCCGUGUUCCGUAAAAAAAUUUCCGUGUUCCGUGUUCCGUGUUCCGUAGAAAUAAGUUUUUUUCCGUUUUUCCGUGUUCCGUGUUCCGCAAAAAAAUUUUCCGUGUUCCGUGUUCCGUAAAAAAAUUUCCGUGUUCCGUGUUCCGCAAAAAAAUUUUCCGUGUUCCGUGUUCCGUAAAAAAAUUUCCGUGUUCCGUGUUCCGUAAAAAAAUUUUCCGUGUUCCGUGUUCCGCAAAAAUUUCCGUGUUCCGUGUUCCGUGUUCCAUAGAAAUAAGUUUUUUUCCGUUUUCCGUGUUCCGUGUUCCGUAAAAAAUUUCCGUGUUCCGUGUUCCGUGUUCCGUAGAAAUAAGUUUUUUUCCGUUUUCCGUGUUCCGUGUUCCAUAAAAAAAUUUCCGUGUUCCGUGUUCCGUGUUCCGUAGAAAUAAGUUUUUUUCCGUUUUCCGUGUUCCGUGUUCCGUAAAAAAAUUUCCGUGUUCCGUGUUCCGUAAAAAAAAUUUUUCCGUGUUCCGUGUUCCGUAAAAAAUUUCCGUGUUCCGUAGAAAUAAGUGUUUUCCGUUUUCCGUGUUCCGUGUUCCGUAAAAAAAAAUUUCCGUGUUCCGUGUUCCGUAAAAAAAAAAUUUUCCGUGUUCCGUGUUCCGUAAAAAAAAAAUUUCCGUGUUCCGUAGAAAUAAGUGUUUUCCGUUUUCCGUGUUCCGUGUUCCGUAAAAAAAAAUUUCCGUGUUCCGUGUUCCGUAAAAAAAAUUUUCCGUGUUCCGUGUUCCGUAAAAAUUUCCGUGUUCCGUAGAAAUAAGUGUUUUCCGUUUUCCGUGUUCCGUGUUCCGUAAAAAAAAAUUUCCGUGUUCCGUGUUCCGUGUUCCGUAGAGUAAAAUUUUUAUUCCCAACAUCUCUGUUUUGUACUUGCAAAAAAAAAACCGUUUUCAGGCUCAAAUGCCCGGAAUGUUCAAGAAUUUCAAAUUCACCAAAAUGGACAUGGGCGAUAUACCGUGCCGCGUGGGCGGUAUCAAAGUCUACACGACAAACGUGGGUCGUGAUCGAAUCAUUGUCGAUAUGGACGUGGCGUACGCCGGCGACGCCGAUUUCACCGUCUCCUGCUGUGGAUUCACCGGCGGCAUGAACAAUAUUCAGGUGCGUUUUUAGGCAUCGAUCGAUCCGCCGUUCGUAGUAUUGCCAGCAGGGGUGUGCGGAAAAUUUUUUUCGGAAAAUUUCGGAAAAUCGGGUUUUCCGAAUUUUUUUUUCGGAAAAUUUCGGAAAAUCGGUUUUUCCGAAUUUUUCGGAAAAAUUUCGGAAAAAUCGGUUUUUCCGAAUUUUUCGGAAAAAUUUCGGAAAAAUCGGUUUUUCCGAAUUUUUCGGAAAAAUUUCGCAAAAUCGGUUUUUUUCCGAAUUUUUUUCGGAAAAUUUCGGAAAAUCGGUUUUUCCGAAUUUUUUUUUUUUCGUAAAAUUUCGGAAAAUCGGGUUUUCCGAAUUUUUUUUCCGGAAAAUUUCGGAAAAUUUCGGAAAAAUCUGAAAAAUCUGAAAAGCGCGUUGAACUUGUGGCCGCAAAAACACGCUUUCUCACCGUUUUUCCGCCGCCCAGUUAAAUAUACGUUCCACUUUCCCAUUACGUCAGCUUUUCUGAAAAAACAACACAAAUCGCAACAAUCGGUUCAUUAUUAGAAUGAGAAAAACGAAAGAAAUUGCGUAAAAUUUAAAAACCAAAUUUAAAAAAAGACGCUCGCUGCUAGACCCUUCCAAAAAUUUUGUGAUGCGCCUUUAAAAAGCAUACGGUGGUUUCGGACAAAUUGACCUUGAAUCCACACUAAUUUUCCGAAAAUUUCUCGGAAAAUUUCGGAAAAUUUCGGAAAAUCGAAAUAUUUUCCGCACACCCCUGAUUGCCAGUGCAGUUUUCCGGUAAAUUGCGCGCAAUUCUCAAGCCGCUUCUACCGUAUCCGCCGAUGGUGGGCGGAGUGUCGGCCACGUUUCUCGAGAUGCCCAAAAUGGACUUUAAUUUGACGGGAAUGGGCGAGAUGGUCGAGUUGCCCGGACUCAUCGACGCGAUUCGCAGCGUCAUCAAUAGUCAGGUCGGUCCUCGACGCGUCUUCGAGACGACUCGGACGGAUCUUUUUGCAGAUCGCCGCCCUUUGUGUGUUGCCCAAUGAAAUUGUGGUGCCGUUGGCGCCCGACGUCGACGUCACCAAACUCUAUUUUCCGGAGCCUGAUGUAGGUUUCGAUUGCUUCAGUUUUGCAAGCACUUUGCACACUUUGCACACUUCUUGCAGGGCGUCGUACGUCUCAAAAUCAUCGAGGCGAAGAAUCUCGAGAACCGCGACAUUUCGUUCAUCAAGAAAGGCAAAUCGGAUCCGUACGCGGAGCUCCAAGUCGGCGCGCAGUUCUUCAAGACGCGCACCAUCGACGACGAGCUGAAUCCGAUCUGGAACGAGCAUUUCGAGGCGGUCGUCGAUCAGGCGGACGGACAGAAGCUGCGCAUCGAGCUGUUCGACGAGGAUCAGGGACGCGACGAGGAGUUGGGCAGACUUUGCGUCGAUUUGAAGUUGGUUCAGGCGAGAGGCACCAUUGAUAAGGUAGGUGGGACCAGAGAUGUUGGGAAUUCCGUGUUCCGUGUUCCGUGUUCCGUGUUCCGCGUUUUUUUGCAAUAUUUUUUCCGUGUUCCGUGUUCCGUAAAAAAAAAAAUUUUCGUGUUCCGUGUUCCGUGUUCCGUAGAAAUACGUUUUUUCCGUUUUCCGUGUUCCGUGUUCCGUAAAAAAAAAAAUUUCCGUUUUCCGUGUUCCGUGUUCCGUAGAUGAAAAUUUUUAUUCCCAACAUCUCUGGGUGGGACGACGUUUAUCGAUAUAAAUGAUGAAUAUCGAUGCGCGUUGCAGUGGUACCCGCUCGAGGGCUGCAAACACGGCGAUCUGCACAUUAAAGCCACGUGGAUGAACUUGUCGACGGAGCUGAAACAUUUGGAGAAGCAGGAGUGGGAGGCCGAGUGGGGCCAGGCGGACAAGCCCAUUCACUCGGCUCUUCUCAUGGUCUACAUCGACUCGGUCGCCGAUCUACCGGUACUUUUUCUUUAUAAACACAGCGGGCGCUCGUAAAUUGCGGAGUGUCGUUGUAACAGGUCUGAAAAAUGCAGUUCUAACUCGAGUUUACGACCUUUAUUUCUUUCGUUUUGACUUGAGAAACUGAUUGAAAGCCGUUCUUUACAGAAUUUAGCGUUUUUUCAUGUUUUUAGCGUCUUAAAGCUUCAAACGCUUAUAUUUCAGCUCAUUUUGCAUUUCCUGAGCCCAACGAACGAUAAAAAUGUUCGCUGAAUCGUUCUUUACAAAAUUCAGGUUCCGGCGGUUAGUUUUCUUGAGCAGUUUUCGCGAAACUAUUCGAAAAACAUCAAAAUCCAGGCGAAAACCUUCAAAUCGAAAUAACUCAGCUAAUUCUCAACGAUAUGCGAUAUUUCUGUUACCAAAACGUAGCUAGUGCUCUAAUUAUUCGAAUUCAAAUUCCAGGCGUACGAAAAAAUAGGUGUAAUGUACAGAAAACAUGGAAAGAACGCGGCUUCCCGUUGUAAAUUAAUUAAUCGGCCGCCGCGUAAAUCGACACAACCCGCCUGUUGCAAGUGCGCCCCAUUGAAAUCAUUCGUGGAAGACCGUGACAUUGCCUCAAAUAGCAUUGCAGUACCCGAAAUCGAAGCUCGAACCGUCGCCGUUUGUGGAAGUGAGUUUGGGCAAGGAGACGCAGCGGACGGCGGUCAAAGUGAAGACUGUCAAUCCGUUGUUCCAGUCGAAGUUUAUGUUUUUCGUGCGGCAUUUGGACGGGCAGGAACUGAAAUUCGAGGUGCGGAACGAAAGUCCCACCCCCCACCCCAACUUUGUUGUUUGUUUGCAGGCGGUCGACGACGGCACGCGCCGGUCCCUCGGAUCGCUGAGCAUUCCGUUGGCGGCGCUGCUGAAAGAGCCGCGACUGGAGCAGAACCAGCAGAUGCACAUGCUCACACUGGGCGUCCAUCAGAGCCCCAUCGUCAUAACCGCCAGGAUACGGGUGCGUGCCAGAGUUGAGCGCAACAACUCAACGCAAGAAUUUUUAUCUUUUUUAGAAAAUUUUUUCACGGAAUGCGAUCAACUGACGAAAUGUAGAGCAAAUUGAACUCUUUUUAUAAAAAAAUAAUUGUAAAUUUAGCUUUUCAUACAAAAAAGUUAUUCGAGUUGUUGCGUGAAAAUGUCCAUCCGUCUUCCGUCUCGAAUAACUUUUUUGUAUGAAACGCUAAAUUUACAAUUAUUUUUCUAUAAACAGAGUUCAAUUUGCUCUACAUUUCGUCAGUUGAUCACAUUUCAUGAAAAAAUUUUCUAAAAAAGAUAAAAAUUCUUGCGUUGAGUUGUUGCGCUCAACUCUGGCACGCACCCGUAUCCUGGCGGUUAUGACGAUGGGGCUCUGAUGGACGCCCAGUGUGAGCAUGUGCAUCUGCUAAAAAUUCUUGCGUUGUUUCCGCGAGAAAAGGAGGCGGAAACGCGCCGGAAUACUGUAGUUUUAUCUUGAAAAUGUCGUAAAAUAUGAGACACACACGGCAUUUUUAUUGGAUUUUCGAAAUCUGCGCUUUUUAAGAGCGUUUGUCCAAUCCAAUUGUGUACAUUUCCAGGCGCUCAUUCAAGGAAAACCCAAGAAAAGCGCAAACAGCGAAUUGGAUCACGAUGUACUAGGAGAGUACGGUAAUGGUAAGUGUCGUGGAGUGUGAUGCCCGGUCCGCAAACACCGAAUUCUGCUUUCAGCUUUCCACAUUGAGCGCGCGAGCGGAAAAGCGAAUGGAGACGUGGUGGCGGUGGAGCCAUCGAAAACGGUGAAUCUGGAGGCGGCCGAGGACGAUGUCGAGAUCAAAAUGAAUGUGGACAAUUAUCAGGUGAACUCCUUUUUUGUCCCCCCUACACGGCGCGGCUUUCGCAACAUACGCAGCCAAAUGGUAUGCAUUUUUGCGCGUCGGUGUGGCUCUGCGUACAGUGCAUUUUAUGUUACGCACAAAGUGAAUUUUCUCCAAAUAUUCAUAUUUUUAAAGCGUUUUUCUCCACUUUCUACCUCAAUUAGACCUUUUUACAGAUUCCAGGUAAAGUAAUACGAAAAGAGAAGUCGAUUCGAUGAAAAGAAACGCGUAAGUAAGCGAAAGUUAGGUUUUAUUCAGAAAAUAUACGAUUUCUCGAAAAACGUCACUAGAUAUUCUAAUCUUUUGAUUUAAAAAGUUCACUAACAUGACUGUGAAUGUCUUCGAAUCAAAACAAGUAGAGUGACAGCUCGCUUUCGCUUGAAAAUUUGUCUUUUGCCGGAAAACAGUGACAUUUCGUUGAAAAAAAAUUUUUUCUCAAAAACCGUCUCUAGAUUUUCGAAUUUUUUUGUUGAAAUAGUUCACUUACAUGACUGUGAAUGUUUUCGAACCAAAAAAAGUAGAGUGACAGUUCGUAGAAGCAAAAAAAAAUUUUUUUCAACGUAAUUUCACUGUCUUCCGGCAAACUAUCGAUUUUUCGGCGAAAGCGAGCUGUCACUCUACUUCUUUUUGGUUCGAAAACAUUCUCAGUAAUGUAAGUAAAGUUUUUUAACCAAAAGAUUAAAAAAUCUAGUCACGUUUUUCGAGAAAUCGUGCAUUUUCUGAAUAAAACCUUACUUUCACUUACUUACGCGUUUCUUUUCAUCGCAUCGACUUCUCUUUGCGUAUUACUUCACCUCGAAUCUGUAAAAAGGUCUAAUUGAGGUAGAAAGUGGAGAAAAACGCUUUAAAGAGAUGAAUAUUUGGAGAAAAUUCAUCAAAAACUAAAAAAAAAGAACUUUGCGCGUAACAUAAAAUGCACUGUACGCAGAGCCACACCGACGCGCAAAAAUGCACAGACUGCGGAUCAAACGUUUGGUGAACGUCGCAAAAGGCGCGCCGUGCCUAAUAUUUCGCUUCCAGAUGCUGCGCUCGGACUCGCGCAGUUCGCUGAACAGUCACGGACGCUCGAACAGCCGUUUGGGACGACUCUUUCGCUCGAAACACGAGAUGAAGAAGCGCGAAACGAGGGCGGACGAGAAUCGCGGUGAAAUCGAGAUGCGAAUCGAGUUCGACGAGCUCUCCAACCAGCUUUUGAUUGCAAUUGUGCGCUGCCGCGAGCUGACCACGUUCGACAAAAAAGAGCAGUGCAGUCCGUACGUGUCGGUACGUUUUCGCGUCGAAUUGACGCCCGUUUUGACGGCAAUUUUGUAGGUGAAACUGGUGGCCAUCGACGGCAACAAGGAGGUGUUCCGAAAGAGAACACCGACCGCCAAAAACUCGCGCAAUCCGCAUUUCGACAAUCAGUAAGCCUCGAUAUUGUCGAAUUCUAAGUUUAAAUCGUUUCAGUGUCGAAAUCGAUGUGAAUCCGUCGGAUCUUUUGAAUCAUAAAGUGGUGAUCUCGGUGAAGGACGACACGAACUACGGUACUUUUGUCGCGAAGCCCGUACUUGGAUAUGUGAGUUUUGAACGCGAUUUUCGACAUCGCCAUACUCGAAUUAGUCGGCACGUGAAUUUGUGUGAUUUUAACUCAAAGUGUCGUAGGAUGUGAUGCCAGGUCCGCAAACACGGCGCACACCGAAUUUGACGCGCAAGUGCUGGAAAAAUGCAGUUUUUCAGCUGGAAAUCCGUCUGGACAGUCUCCACAAUCGGCAACUCGCGCAAAGAUGGAUCCCGCUCGGUGUGGAGCGGAAAUAA